AUACACGCAUGCGCACCGAGAACGCCCUCUGGCCUCGUACACGUUGGAUCUCCGCGACACAGCCGUAAGUAAUCCCUCUCUCUCUCGACCAUCCUGACUGUAGAGCUGCGUAUGAGACUAGGGAUAGGUUCUAGAUAGAAUUCUGUUGACUGCCGACUUGCAGAUGGCGCUAGUAGCGGGGACAAAGAUCAUCAAACCGGCCGGAGAAAGGUUGGAUAAACUUGAAGAAGCUGUGUCACAGGCGCUGGUGGAGCUAGAAGCGACCACGGAUAUCCGACAGAUCCUGAGGGACGUGUUUUUCCUAGGAGCCCGCGAGGUGGAUGCGGCGGGGAAGAAGGCCAUCUGUAUCUACGUCCCCGUACCUCAGCAGCAGCAGUUCCAGAAGAUACAAGUGAGGUUGGUUCGAGAGCUGGAGAAGAAGUUCAGCGGUCGACCGGUGGUGUUCAUAGCUCAUCGGAGGAUCCUCCCCAAGCCAAAGAGAAACCAGCGGACCAAACAGAAACAGCUCAGACCACGGAGUCGUACACUGACGGCAGUCCACGAUGCCAUUCUCCAAGACCUGGUCUUUCCAGCCGAGAUUGUGGGCAAAAGAAUUAGAGUCAAACUGACGGAUCACGACUCAUCAAAGUGCAUUUGGAUAAGACCUCGCAAACAACUCUGGAACACAAGGUGAAUUAUUGUCCAACUAUCUGUAUACAUUCCCGGUGGUAUUGAGUUGUGUGUGCCCCUCCCCCCUUCUCGUAUGCUCUCUCUCUCUCUCUCACACACACACACACACGCACGCACAGCUGGAGACAUUCACAGCUAUCUACAAGAAGCUGACGGGAAAAGACGUCACUUUCGAAUUCCCCGAUCCCCUGGUCUAGCCGCGUGAACUAUAGCUCCAAUAAUAAUAUUGUAAAGCUCUUCCAUCUGUAUAGAGUUGUCCGUUCCAAUAAAACGAAUUUUUGAGAC